AUGGAGCAGUGCCCUGUACCUACCUUGCUGGAGCAUGGCAGUUCCUCUCAGGUCCUGUUUCACAAUGUGGACAAGUACUAUGUUCCAGGAGAAGAUGUCAUGUGCUGUUACACCCUCACUGAAAAGUUCAUCCCUCGACGCAGGGACUGGAUUGGUAUCUUUAAGGUAGGGUGGAAGACUCCCCAGGAGUAUUACAGCUUCAUGUGGGCUCCCUUGCCCAGCAAGGAAUCAGACAAAUGUCAGGAAAUCGAAUUCAAAGCUUAUUAUCUGCCUAAGGAUGAGGAGCAUUACCAAUUCUGCUAUGUGGAUGAAGAUGGUGUGGUCCAAGGAACAAGUAUCUCUUUCCAGUUCUGUCCAGACCCAGAGGACAUAAUGGUUAUUAUGAAUAAGGAAAAGGUAGAAGAGCUGGAACAGCUCAGGGAGGAGCUUUACCAAGAAAACCAGGACCUGAGAGACAAGUAUGCUAACCUCCACGAGCAGCUCCUGCAGAAGCAGGUGGCACUGGAUGCAACACAGAGGAUAAAUAAGCUCUUAGAACAGGAAAUGAAAGAGAAGGUCUCUUGGGAGAAAGAGAAGGCAUCUUGGGAGAGAGAACUGCGCUGGCUGAAAGAAUACAACCAGAAGAUGAUCUCAGAAAAGGAGGAGAUGGGGAUGAGGGUAGAAGAGCUUCAGACCCUCCUGGAAACUCAAGAAAAAAAAAUGGAGAAACUUAUGGAGAGACUUGAAGAAAAGACAGAGCAGUUGGAAGAGUUCAGGAAAGAAAAUCAAUACGACCUUGACUUAACUGAACAGAAUCACUUGGAGAUGCUUCAACAGUUCAAGGAAAUGUUGAAGAAGAACAAAGCUACAAUAAAUGUGGUGCGAGUGGAGCUAAAGAGGGAAGGCCCUGUCAUGAGAAAACAGCUCAAAGAUUUCCUGACCCAGUACGACCUUAUACAGAAAGAGAAGGACCUCCUGCAGAAAGAGUACGAGAGUCUAAAAAACCAAGUCUCAGUUCUGCAGAAUGAGAAUGAAGCACUGCAGAGCUUCCUGGAUAACAAAGACUUCUCUUCAUAUGAGCUCCCUUCACCUCGAGGAAAUGCUGAACCCAUGGUCCCUUCUAAUAUCAGAAUUUCUGUUCUGUUUUUCAAUCAUAAAAUCUCAUAUUCUGACCUUCUGAGCAACAAAGAAAUGGGUGUCCAGGGUGUCCUACCCUUAUCCGUGCCUAAGCACUCCAGCCUGGGAGUCAGUGCUGGGCCAGAUUCAGUGUAG